CAUCAAGCAUUCACCGCAUACGCACGUGCACGUCGCGCUUUCAUUGGCCAAUUUGAAUUUUGAACGUUCGAACUAGCCAAUCGCGUUCGAUCGGACGUUUGAUUUCUUUUUCACUCAUAUACAGUGUGUUCCGUUAGUGUCCAGUGUUGGUGACAGUAGACUGUGUAUGACAGCUGUUUUUGUUCUAUUUUCAAAGAUCGGAUGUUUUUCACGUGGCCUGGUGAAAACUUCAUCUAAAAUUUGUGAUUACUUCGAUAAUUGUGUGUAAACAAACGUCGUGUGCCACAAAGAAGCAGCUGUGCGGAUUAUUGACCCACUGCGCCCGCGCCGGAAACAUUAUGCCAUAUACACACUAAGCAAAGCGGACCUGCCGACACCGCGAGGAAUUCACCGUUAAUUAUGCUAGCUUAUUAGCACGCCAUGAUGGAAGGACCGACAUCCCGUCCCACUGUGGAGUACAUCCCACCCCUGCCGACGAAGCAGAGAAACUCGACGACAUUCACACAAAUAACUAAUGAAACGCUAAACGGGUUUGACGCCACAGACGGUCGAUCCAGCAUCGACUCGCUAAGUUCGAUGCACUCUCUCAUCCUUAAUUCUAAGAGCUCCUCUGCAACGGUAUUCAUAGCGGCGAAUCAGUCAGACAGACCCGCGAGCACGCCUAGCCCGGACGCCCCAGUCAAUGGCCCACAUGUCGUCACUAUCAGAAUCAACACGGACUCGGACAAAUCCAAAGCACCAAAAAUAUCCAGCGUCCAUCUUAAGAGUGAUAUAGAUUUCGAAACGUUCAAAUUGCACGAAAGAAAAAACAACAGUCUAGUUAGAAUCAAUGUGGAUGAAACCAGGCCGAAGAUAUUAGAAAAUGAAGACACGACUAAGGUAGAUAAAGCGCCUUAUAUCUACUGCAAUUCUUAUGUUAAUUCAAUGACAAAUAUGGUCAUGUCGAGCGGACAGUGCUCACCAAGCGAUACCCUAGACUCCGGCACUUGUAGCGAUCUAGAUGGCACUCCUCCGCCGCUGCCUAAAAAGAAAUCUGUCAAAAAUUCUUCCAAAAAAGCUGUAUCUGUCACAGUUAUCAGUUCCAGAAAUGGAUCAAGCCAAAGUGAAGUGGAUUUCGAAGACAACGAUUCUAACAUAUCGUGCGAUUCCCUCAACAGUAGUGAGCUGAAUGGAAGUGUGCACGCAGAUGAAAGUCAUAUCGAUUAUGCUAUGAAAAAAGAAAACAAACCAACUGUUGAUCCACCUAUCGCGCCAGAGAUGCCAUCGUACACCAAAACAACAAAAGAUAACACUUUUUUGCCCAUAGGCUUACUCCAAGAUAUCAGAGACCGUUCAGCUAAACUCAAUACCAUCGAAACUGAAAGCGAAGUAAAUCAAGAUACCGACCAGAAUAUCAAUGAAAAUGCUAAUAUAUCAAAAGAAAGCGCUCAACUCACUUCGUUCCGUUUAGUUUCUCAGCUUAAUGGAGGAGCGAAGAAAAACGACGACCACGAAUCAUUACCGGCAAAUUCGAGUAAAACUCCGCUGAUUAGCGAGAGUACGUACGAGGAGAGAAAAAAUCAGGAUAAAUUGAAGCAUGAAAAAAUAUGUUAUAGUAGUCAUUACUUCGAUACGGACAAAUUUUACGACUUCCAUUUGAACGAGAAACAGUUCGAUGAAAAACCGCCAGUGAAAAGUGUAAGUGUUAGUGGUAAAAGUGACUGUGAUGGUUCUGAAGUGGAAUUUUUUGCCGGGAUCAAGGACUACAAAGCUGAAGAAGCGCCAUCGACGAUCAGGAGUUCAAAAGGGACGAUACGAGGCGUGAAAAAUCGCGUGAGGGCCGGCAUAGCGACAUUCCUUCAAAUGCAGAGCACUACAAAGAGCUACAAAGAGAAAGACGCUGGCAAAGUUGUAGUCUACACGACAACGAUGGGCAUAGUUCGCAGUACAUACCAGCGUUGUGUUCUCGUGAAGAAGAUCCUCAGGAACCUGCUGGUGAAGUAUGAGGAGCGGGACGUGUUCAUGAGCACGGAGUACCAGGACGAGAUCCGGGACCGCAUGAGAAGCGACCAGAUACUGGUCCCGCAGCUGUUUGUUGAAGGACACCAUAUUGGGGAUGCAGACACCGUCGAGAAGUUGAAUGAGAGCGGUGAACUCCGUAAAAUGCUCAAACCAUACAAGAGUCCCGAUGCGUGCAACACGUGCCAGAUCUGCGGAGGAUUCCGUCUCCUUCCCUGCAGAAUCUGCAACGGCUCCAAGAAAAGUCUGCACAGGAACCAUUUCACAGCAGAGUUUGUGGCCCUCAAAUGUAUGAACUGCGAUGAAGUAGGCCUGGUCAGGUGUGACGCCUGCUCUUGAAGUUUAAGAUCAUUUAAUAGGUACACUGUUCUCUUUCGAUUCCUCAAUUCUAAGAAAAAUGUAUACAAGAUUCAAUUAAUCGUUGAAUUUAUCGUACUCAUAUGAAUGCUGCUUCGAUAUAGUUAUUGGUUACGUUACGAAGGCUCAUGUAGGAUCUACAAAGGAGAUAAUGGUAAGCCCCCAGGUCACAUGUAAGACCGGUAAAGAUAAAAAACAAGGUUUACUGCACUAUAUGAAACUCUUAAUUAGAAUAUCAAAAAAACAUACAUCUAUGAAGUUUGUUUUUGUAAAGUGCGUGAACUCGAGAGUAGAUUAAUAUUAAUUAUAAGGUUUCCUAUGGGAUCAGAAUGUUAAUAUGGGAUUUGUAAAACGAGUGAUAAUACUAACCUCAUUUGAAUUGAUCAAUAGAGCACCGUUAGCACCUGAUAUGAGGCAGCUUCCAAGAAUAUCUACCAAUGCUAUUCUGUUAAUAAAUUCCAACGGUUUAUAUUCUCUGAAUACAGUACUAGCUUUUCAUAGAGUGAGAUUCCAGUUGGCAACGAUUUAAUAUGUCAUCUCCAAACAAUUUCUCGGAAAUUUUAUAAAGUCAGAUUCAAAGUUCCUCGUGAACAUCCUAUCCUAAAUAUUGACCUUAAGGCAGGAUUAUUGAUAUUUUGUCGAGAACUCGAGAAUAUUGUUUGAUAAUGAAAUUGUUUAUUACAAAGUCUUACUAAUUCGUUAAAUUGUAUAAAACAUUAUGUUAAAUUUCUCUUUGAUCUAGGAGCUUUACAGAAAGUAGAUUCUGAAACAAAUAGUAAAUUCUAUAAGCAUGAAAUAUAGAUGUUUUUAUCGUUUUUAUUGUAAAUUCGACUAAACAAAAACCUAUCUAUCAGUCAAAAAGCCUUGUAUCAGCGUUAGAUGAUACUAAUUUUGUAUUAACAACUUUGUCAAGAGUUUAUAUCAGUGGUAGAAUAUAUCCUAACUAGGUAUUAUGGGAGUUAUUAAAUUAAUGUAUAAUUGAAAGCAAACCUAGACUAAAUUUUAGGAAAAAAUCAAAGCAUGAAUAGUAUUGAAUAUAUAUUUUCAUCAAUAAUGGAAUGAUUUCUGCUCAAGUCAGAAUGUCAUUGUUUUAUUUGCUUGCUUAUCUUUAUAUUUUCUCGCAUACUGAUUGGAGGGAUUUUUUUUACUUACAGAAUACUAAGGGCAAAGUACGAGUUUGUAUUUCACUUUUCACUAUCGAGUCGAUUCAAAGUGAAACGCAGCGAACCAAUCACAUUGCGGUGUAGCUGUCGUUACGUCACAAUAGCGCACUGUGAUUGGUUAGCUACGUCUCACUGCGAAUCGACUCGUUGAUGAGAUGUGAAGUCUCACUACGCACAAAGUUAUUAUAACUAAUAUUUACCUCAAUUAAUAAUAUGUCUGUGCCAAUUUAACUUUCCAAAUUAAUUCAUCAAAAAUUGUAUUACUUUUAAAAGUAAAAAAAAAAUUAAUAUUAAUGUAUGUGAUUUGAAUAAAUUCCUGCAUGUAUAUCUAUUUUUAAAUCCAUGUUUUGAUUAUUUACAAAACAAAAAAAGAAAAUUUAUUUAUAAGUUAUAAUCUAACCAGUAGAAUUAUGUAAUAGCUACAAUUUUUUUAUUGUAAUUUAAUUUACAAAUAAAAAUAGGUAGGCACUUACAUUAUGUAAUUGAGUAGUAAUUUCUAUUACAAAAAUAUCUCUUGCAUGUAUGAUCUAUGAUAAAAUGUAUUGUUUUUAUUAUAUUAAGAAAAUUAGUAUGCCAUAAAUUAGAUGCAAUAAAAAUAUUUUUUUACAAAUUGUCAUUAUAAAGUCGUUUUAUAGUUUUAAUAAAAUAACAAUAAGUUGAUUUAAAUUGACAUAACGUAGUUAUUUCGUACUAGAUCACAACCAAUCAAUAAAUUUAAAGUCAAUUUACAUAAUUAUAUAAGUUUUAUACAAAAAGACUCUUAUAGUAGGUACUUAAUUAUAUAGCCACUCGGCUUCAUGUUGUGAUAGUAUUAAUUUUAUAGUAACAUAGUAUAUCUACAUAAAUAUUCAUUUCACACAGUUUGGAAACUUUCAAUUGCCUCCACUGCUGUUUAUGAGCAGCAAAUUUGUAAAUAAAUUUCUUUUUAAUUAAUAAAUAAUUGUAUUUAAUA